GGCUCGCCAGGCUUCCGAUGCCCGGUGUCCCGGGAUCUCGUUGGGGAAGCGGGGACGGACGGUCCAGCAGCUGCUGACAAGGGGCGCGCCUGCUCCGAUGGCGACGGGCGAUCUCCCGGGGCCCUGGCAGCGCUGCCCGGGUCCAUUUCAGGGGAAGGCCCGAGGUCCUGGAGACACCCGGCGGGAGAGGCAGGCAUCAGCUGGAAGCCUGCAGUGCAGGCUAUAGAGGGCGAAGGUUUGCCAGCUGUCGGCCGGAACAGAUUGUGCAGACCUUUGACUGCCCUGAGCUUUCUGACCUGGAGCUCAAGGGCACUGGGUGGACACUGAGGAUGCUCCGGACCUCGGAGCACCCGUAUAGAGGCUGGGACGAAUCUUAAGUACCAAACUGCCGCUACCAGGAGCCCCACCGAUCCCUCCCUCCUGAUCCCUUCAGGGCACGGUGAACAAAUACUAUGCUCCCCGUUCUCUUGAAGGCAACCUCAGAUGAUGACAUUCCAUGUCCUGGCUACCUGUUUGAAGAGAUUGCCAAAAUUUCCCACGAGUCACUGGGCAGCAGCCAGUGUCUGUUGGAGUACCUCCUGAACCGCCUGGAUAGCAGUUCUGGCCAUGUGAAGCUCAAGGUGCUGAAGAUCUUGCUUUACCUGUGUGGUCAUGGCUCUUCCUCCUUCCUGCUCAUCCUUAGACGAAACUCUGCCCUCAUCCAGGAAGCCACAGCUUUUGCAGGACCACCGGACCCUCUUCAUGGGAACAGCUUGUACCAGAAGGUGCGGGCGGCUGCCCAGGACCUGGGCAGCACCUUGUUCUCGGAUGCUGUGCUGCCACUGCCUCCCUCCCAGCCUCCUCAGGCCUUGCCUCCAGCAGGCAUGGGUGCUCAGGCCAAACCUCACAGUGCUCUCCAAGGCUUUGGUUACACUCAGGAAUGGGGCCAGACAGGUUCCGCAGGUGAAGUCUUCCUCUCCACAAUCCAGAGGGCUGCAGAGGUGGUGGCUAAUGCUGUGCGCCCCGGGCCUGAGAAUCCCAGUACCCAGGGGCCCCUGCCACGAGGUGAAACCUACCAGCCUGCUGUGACACCUUCAGCCACACACACAGCCAACCCUGGGAACCUAUUUCCUGGUGCCAUCCUGCGUACCAGAGCUGUGAGACACCAGCCCGGGCAGGCUGGAGGGGGCUGGGACGAGCUGGACAGCAGUCUUAGUUCCCAGGAUUCUUCCUAUACCAGCAACCUAAGCAGGGCAUCGGACUUGGGCAGUCGGUCUGGCAGUGACAGUCAUUCGGGAGCCAGCCGGGAACCUGGCGAGCUGGCAGAAAGGACUGAAGCCAUGGCCCCAAGCGACUGCCAGCAGGAGUUGGGUCUGGUGAAGACUGUGACUCAGGGGCCACGUGCCUUCCUGAGCCGUGAAGAGACCCAGCACUUCAUCAAAGAGUGUGGACUGCUCAACUGUGAGGUGGUGCUAGAGCUGCUCCUCCGCCAGCUGGUCGGGACCAGUGAGCAUGAGCAGAUGAGGGCCCUGUGUGCCAUCGCCUCCUUUGGGGGUGCCGACCUCCUGCCUCAGGAGCAUGUCCUCCUCCUCUCCCGGCAGCAACUGCAGGAGCUCAGUGUGGGCAGCCCUGGACCUGUGACCAACAAGGCCACCAAGAUCCUGAGACACUUUGAAGCCUCCUGUGGACAGCAGCUCCCUGCCCCAAGGGCCUGCACCCAAGCCAGCCCGGCAGCUGCCCUUGUGAGCCCAUCUGACCUGCUCACCAGCCUUGUGCCAACCCCCAGGGGCCAGGUCUUCCUUCAGCCUCUGAGCUCCACCUCAGUUUUGUCUGGGAGCCCUAUGCUUGCUCCAUCCCUGGACCCCUAUCCCCCUUCUGCCUUGGAGGAUGCCAGUGAGGCCAAAAACCAAUUAGCAGGUUCUAGUGAACAGGAGGCAGGACCAGAGCAGAGCCUGGGGAGCACAGACACCCCAGAGGGGGACUCAAGCAGGUGCCUGUGGAGUCCCAACUCCUUGUUUGCUGGCAUGGAGCUGGUAGCCUGCCCUCGCCUGCCCUGCCCCGUCGCCCAGGUUCCCCAGCCAGGUUCACAGAAGGUGGCCACAGAGCCUCCAGCUUCAGAGCCAUCAGUGUUUACAUUUCUAAACAUGUGACUGUGGGCCUGGCUUUACAGAGUCCCACAGUCCUCAUCUGGAGGCUCUCAGAACUCUAUGGCCUCCUGUUCCCAUGUCCACCAAGGAGCCUUCUGAUAGUUCUCCUGCCCCCUCCAGCCCCUCCCCUUCACCUACUGAGGCUCUUGUGGAGCAGGCUCCAAGCAGGUUGAGCCCCAGUGGGCCUCUCGGUGGUCAAGAUGGUCGUGAGGGAGAGGCACUGGCCCUUAGUACAGAUCAGCCAAGAUGGAAGUGUGGAAAGAGGGUCAGCUGGUACCUCUGAAGACAACCGCACGGCCACUGCUUCUGGAGGCGUCAGCCCCUGACCGUGCCCCUGAGAUGGUUGGGCGCCCCUCUUCAUCUUGGUAGGACCCACACAGGCCUUCCUGAAGGUCUGUCCAUGGCUGGAAACCCACCUGCAGAGGUUUCCUGCUUCAUCCAGCACAACUGAAGGGCAGUGCUUCCCCAGGGCCCCUCAGCCCACACUGCUCUGUCUCCAGGAGGAUUAACAGAAGCUAACCCAGGGCUACCUCAGUCCUUGUCCACACCCCCUCCUCCCUUUGCUGGGUGCUGGCAUCGGUUACGUGGACUUGGAUUCCUAUAGCAGUGGACUGGCCGGUAGCAGGGCUGCAGAGUGCUGGUUCUGGGUACCCCGGGGUAAGCCCCGCCUGCCGGGCCCUCAAGUGAGCCUUCAGUGAGUGUGGGAAAUAUCUACUGGCUUCUUGGGAUUUUGAUCUUGGACCUUUCCUUCCUUUUUUGGGAAGAUCAUAAUAGCCAUGAGCCUUGGAGUAGAGCACCAGUACUGUGAAGGGGGUGCAAGGGACCUGAUUUCCAGCUGCCUCAAGGCAAGUGGCCUGUGGCCGUUCCCAGUGUCAGGUCCCUGUAGGACCCUGCUCUUGGCUCAGUCUGCCAUGGUUGUUUCCUGCUGACCAUGGGAGAUUCUGAGCAAACCUCCUUACCCAUCUCAGAGGAACCUGUGAAGCUGUGACAUGCACUUUCCCAGUAAACACCACUGUUUACACA